GCCCCCGGGACCCUCGGGGUCCCCUCCCCUCCCUCCUCCCGCCCGCCCCGUGCCGUGGGUUGGGCUCCACGCGACCCGCGGGUCACGUUGCUCCUCCCGAGCCCCCCCACGCGCGCCCCGAGCCCCCCCCCGAGCCCCCCCCGCCCCCCGUGGGCGGCGCCGCCGCAGCCGCUGCCGGAGCCACGCGCGGAGCCGGACCCCCCCGGGACCCCCCAGGAGCCGCCAUGGGCCGCCCCCCCCUGCUCAGCCGCGUCCUGCGUGGGACAGAGGACCGCUCGGCCCAGGCCACCCUCCUGGCGUGGCACCAGUACCGCCUCACCUGCGAGCAGCACCUGCGCCUGGCCCCGCCCUCCCCAGGGCCCGUCUGCAACCGCAGCUUCGACCUGUACGCGUGCUGGGGGGACGGGACCCCCAACAGCACCGUCACCGUGCCCUGCCCCUCCUACCUGCCCUGGCACCACCGAGUGCAGGGGGGGGUGGUCGUGCGGCGCUGCGGCCCCGACGGGCGCUGGGAGACGGACGAGAGCGGCAGGACCUGGCAGGACAAUUCCCAGUGCGAGGACACGGCCCCGGGACAGCCCCUGCAG